CACAGCUACUCUCUGUUCAGUGUUCUUCGUCCUUUCAAUUCUCCCCUCUGAAAUUACCGGGAAAAGAAAAUUAGAAAAGAUUAUAAAUUUUCGAUUUUGUUCUUCGUUUUGAUUUUUCCAGUGGGGUGGGUUUUAGAGAUUUUGACUUUCCUUGGUGGUCAGUGUAUCCGGCCGACCAUAAUGCCUCGCGCGUCGAAGCGGAAAGCGGCCCCGCCAAGCUCCUCCGUCGCAGCACCGCCACCUGAUCAGUCCCGGAAGCGCACCGCCAAAGCAACAAGCAAGCCCAGGUUAAAGGAGAGUGACCAGAUCGACAACCUAUUUGAUACGUAUGCAAACCGCUCGUUGGGCGAGAUUGAUCCCGAAGGAAUUGAGUCGUUGUGUUCAGACAUGAAAGUGGGAUACACUGAUGUCAGAAUCUUGAUGCUUGCUUGGAAAAUGAAAGCUCAGCGGCAAGGAUAUUUUACCAAGGAUGAGUGGCAAGCAGGCUUGAAGGCUCUCAAGGCUAAUACCAUUUUGAAACUAGUGAAAGCACUCUCAGAACUGAAGAAAGAGGCGGAGUCGCCAGAAAAUUUUGAGGACUUCUACUUAUUUGCAUUCAAGUACUGCCUAACAGAAGAGAAGCAAAAAGGAGUAGAUAUCGAAAGCUCCUGUGAAUUGCUGAAAAUUGUCCUCGGAUCGCAAUUCCAUUCCCAGGUUGAUUCAUUAGUUGAGUACCUAAAGGUCCAAAAAGACUACAAAGUGAUAAAUAAGGAUCAGUGGAUGGGUUUCCUUCGGUUUUGCAAGGAGAUUAGCUUCCCAGAUAUGGCGAACUACGACGAGAACCAAGCUUGGCCAUUGAUCCUCGACAAUUUUGUAGACUGGAAGAAGGAGAAAAGCAGCAGCAGAUAGUUUCUACUUUGACAGUUUCUAAUCCCUACUCCCGAGUAUUAAGGUUCUGUUAACAGUGAGAUGACCAUCGAUCUUCUUGUCUCGAUCACCCCAGUCGAUCUACUCGCAGGUCUUUGCCAGAACGCCUCAACCCUGACAAGUGGAGCAUUGAUAACUAACACAGAUAAAUAGGAAGAUACAUUUUUGUGUCAGACUCGGAAAAAGAUACAUUCUUUCUGUGUUCUGUUGUUCCUCACUUCUUUUCUACAAUCCUGUACUCCCAACUCGGAUAAUUUUUUAGUUGAGAAUGUGGAAGAAUAUUUUGUCACUUUUAUUUAGGGUGGAAUCAAACCAAAAUAAAAAUACCAUUGCAGU